UUGAUUGUUUUGCUCUAAUAAUAUACUUUUGGUCUAUACAAAAUAUGAGAAGAAUUUGGAGGUUAAUGUUUCAUCUCAAUUAAAAUAUGUUAUCCAAAUGUAAAAAUCAUACAGUUUAGAAACAUCGGUGGUACAGAAACACAUGAAAGUUAAUGAUAAGAUUUCAGAUGAUGUUUACUACAAUAUUUAUUCAAAGGAAUGAGAGAAAAAGAUAGUUCAGACCAAAUCUGUUGAUGAUAAGGAGAUAUACUCCCAUAUUGAUCUGAGUUUAAAUAGAUACAAAAAUAUCCAAUUUAUGGGGGCUUUGCAACCAAUUUCUUUAAUGAAUACAGAGUCACUAUUGCUAACAAUGAUGAAAAGUAAAAGCAAAAAUCUUUCUAAAUUUCUAUGCUCUUCUGUUCCUCAGAAAGUAUCAGAAGUAAUUUUUAGUUCUUGUAUCAAGGAAAGAUUUUUGUUCUCUAAGUACUUUAAUCAGACCAUGAGAUCCAGCUCCAAAAUUCAAACAGAUGCAUGCUUUGCUGAGUUUGCAAUUAGUUUUCGUCAAUUAAGAAGAUUAAUAAGUGCAUACAGACAUGUUGAGUAUUUAUAUCUUCAAAAUUGCAAAUUAUCAAUCCCUGUUGUUCCCGAUUUCUCUCAAUCUCUCAAGAACGCCAAGAUCAUUAAGCUAGAUAUAUCCGAAUCAGGACUCAAAAGAGCCAGUGAUUGGAAGAUUAACCCUCUCGAACUCGAUAACCUGAUUAAGGGUUUAACCACAUCUGAAGAUUUAAGAAGGACUCUCAUAAAAAUAAGAUUAGAGGAUGACAUCAGAGAGAAUAGCUCCAUUUGCCAGAUUCUUCAUGAAAGAGGGUUUCAUAAAACUAAAGUAACUCCUCACCUCUAACCCUCCCUUCCACUUCCCCUCCCCCAAAUCCCAUUCAUCAGUUAACCUCCUUCCUCUUCCGUCUCUCUAAAUCCUC